CUCCGCUGGACCGACGAUAAAUGCGUCAGUUGGAUAUUUGAAUUGAAAAUUCUUAUUAACCAACGUCAACAACAAUGAAACCACACAAUGUUACAUCAGUAUUACUUGCCGGUCCUCGAGAUUCCCAUAAAUCAUCAUUCUUAAUGCAGGGUGCAGUGAAGUAUGCAGAGGGAGGUCAAAACGUGGUCUACAUCACUGCGUUUGAAUUUGAAAGCCUUCCCCCUCCUUUGCAAGGCUUUCCAAAACCUGCUCCAGAUAUCUUCGCUCUAAUAAAGUUUCUAUACCUCCCUAAUUGGAAAGAUCUGCUGCAAUAUGUCUUCCACUUGCAUUUACAUGCUCUUGUUCCUACAGUAUUAAUUAUAGAAGCCCUUGAACAUUACUGCACUAAUUCCGACACUGAAAAUUCUGGCAGUGCUGCAGCGACUGCAGCUUCCCACGCUGCCCUUAUCUGUGCUGCACUCAUUGAUGGAGUUGCAGUAUGUGCAAAGCGCUCCAAGAGUCCUGCACAUUUGAUAGUUUCAUUGAAUGAGCAGAAGUCUCAAAAUAUGUUUUCUCCACUAAUUGACAUUUUCUUUACUGAUGUGGUAUGGUUAUUUCAAAAAGAUGAAGACGAUGGAUGCAAUCCAGCAAGUUAUUCCAUGACAAAUCUAGAAACUACCUUCUCUAAAGCAAGACAACACAAAAUUUUCUUUAAAUGUGAAACAGUAGAUGGAAAUGUAGUGUUCAGUAAAGUUUCCUUCUGGGAAAACUUGUAAAAAUGUAAAUAAAAUUAAUAUUAAAUUAAUAAAUAAUUUAAUAAGAUAA